AUGUCGAGUCUUAAGAGACCGCCCAUUUCGCCGAAGAGGAAGUCGAGCGGUCGGAAAACCAACAAAACAUUGAAGACCUGCUCAAUCAACUAUCCUCGAGCCAUGCGUUUCGUCUGUCGCUCGUAUAACCUUUUCAUGCUUCGGUCAAUGAUCGACCCUCAAGACACAGUCAUCUCGGUCGUGCGAGGUCAAUCAGCAACACCUUACUACGGUGUCCGCAUUGGGAAGCUCACCCAGUACUUCCACGAUGUCACCGGUGAAAUUUUCGCUAUGGACGACAAAACUCUCUUCAUCAAAGGCUUCAGCUAUGAUGGACAAGGACCAGACGCGUACUUCUGGGCCGGUACAUCGCCGAAGACGGACGGGACCGGCUUCAUCAUACCGGACGAACGCGGAUCACUCGUCAAGUUGGGCCAGUACCGGAACAAGGAUCUCGUGCUUCGUUUGCCCGAUGGAAAAAAUGUCCGCAAUAUCAAAUGGAUUUCCAUCUGGUGCAAAAAAUUCAGUGCUAACUUCGCGGAUCUGUACAUACCGAGAAAUCUCCAGAUCCCCAAAGCUGUCACCGUUGAAAAACUUCCUACAUGGGACCACGGCGUUACGUCAGGACCUGUGACGAUAAUCGAUUCUCAAACAUUCUUAGUACCCGGCGUCAUGUAUGACGGACUUGGACCCGCUGCAUACUGGUGGGUAUCUCGUGGUGAACGGAAUCAUCGAGGAGGCCUUCGUCUCGCUGACGAGAACGGAAGCUCGGAUCCUUUGCCGCGCUACACGGGGAAGACGGUCGUGAUCAGUCUGCCGGAUGGAUAUUCUGUCUACGACUUCGAUCGUUUCGGAAUCUACUGCGAACUUGCCGAUGUUGACUUCGGCUCGAUAAAGAUCCCGCACAAUGUCAAAGUGCCUCCAUCUCAACGGGCGCUCGGUAUCCAGAUUCCGGUGAGUUCUCGCGGCGCUGACCGCAAAUAGAUCGCGGAGGUUCACCCAGCGACCGGAGAAGAUGUUUCGACCGACGACAACUCUGCGGAUUCUUCGCAGAACAAACUCAACUGCGAGAUUCUGCAUGAUCCGAUGGGCCUCGAACUUCGUUGGAUCAUGGACGGCGACGAGAUCAUCAUGCAGCUCGUCGGCCGCGUCGAGGUUGGCGAUUACAUGGCUUUCGGUUUGAGCAAGGACGACACCAAGACCAAAAUGGUGGGAUCGGACGCCGUCGUGACGUGGAUUGAUCAUCAGGGACGUGGUCACGCCGUAGACUAUUACCUUGGUUCGAAGGAACAGUGCGUCGGAAACCGCGGUGCCUGUCCGGACAUCAAACAACGAGGAGCUCGCGAUAGCGUGACGGUUCUCAAUACCGCCGUCGUGAAUGGAUAUCAUAUGAUAACCUACAAAAGACCUCAAGUUGCUCUUGAUGAGAAAUACGAUCAACACGUGUAUUCUGACGGCCCUCAAGCCGUAGUCUGGGCCCUUGGACCCAUCAACGGCAAGGGUGAAGUGUCUUACCAUAAACUGCGAACCCAGGGAGAUCUUUUCGUUGAUUUCGCCCGAGCACCUCAGUGGAACUGCCCACGUCCGGACGAUAUAUCCACUUCGAAUGAAGCCAGCACCGUAGUGCAAGCCCCUCUUCAGAAGUCCGCCAGCGCAGUUCAGCCAUGGGUCGUGCCUCCGGUGGUCUGCCCUGCUGACAACAAGUUCUACGCCCAGAUCGGCCCCGCCGGCGGCAAAAAAGGCUAUCAAGCGAUUACCGGAAACGUCGGAUGGGGUAUUGCGUGGUAUAUCAACGGACUCAUGAUUCCUGAGCUCUACGUUCAGCGAGGAGUCACGUAUACAUUCAUCAUUGAGGGAGGAAACAAUAAAACGCAUACCUCAAAAAAUCAUCCCUUCUACAUCACGUCCGACCCCAUCGGCGGUUAUGAGCACAAGAACCAAGCGGAACGAAGGAAGGAAAAAGUCUUCGCCGGGGUCACUCUGGAUCGCAGUGGUAAAGCAACGCCCACCGCAAAGGGCCGACUCUGCAACUACGAGUAUCCCUUCAGCCGAACGGAACUCCCGGACGACUUCGCCACAUUCGAAGACUUCGCCGCCAAUCUUGAAAUCAAAUGCCAAAACGGGCGACCUGCUUAUCUGCAAUGGACUCCCGACCAAUUUACGCCGGAUCUCGUAUACUAUCAAUGCUACACUCAUCGACACCUCGGAUGGAAGAUCCACGUCGUCGACAGCUGCGCGGAUCUCGUUCAACCAAAGGCGGCAGCCUCGCACCGCAACGAAGUUCGCAUUCCAUCGCCCCAAGGUUUCCACAAGACGGUGCAGAAAAAGAUCGUGAAAAAGAAAGCCGCUAAACACUACUCUUCGGUGUCCUACAGAAACCAAAAAGUUCUCGCACUUGACAACAUCACAGAUCUGAUCCUGAACAAACCUUUGAAGAAAGUUCCGAGGCACUACUCGGUCCGCAUGGAGUCAGGAUUCCGUCCUGUAACGCUGCCCCCCAAAGGACUUCCCGAUCCCACGACGCCGCGUCCUGGACUCGGUCUUGCCCCUCUUCCGUUCCUGCGGAAAGACCCUCUGCCGUUCCAGGGUAGUUUCAAGCCGGGAGUCCCUCAUUUCGGAGGUUUUAACAUCUCAUACACAAUGAGCAAGGAGCCCGCAGGUCCGAUUCCGGGACUUCCACAGGUUCCCAAGGGCGCCCUAACAAAAAUCGACGGAUUUCUUGACGAGGACCGCAUGGCCCGCAUGGUCAGGACGCACCGCGCGAGUCGACAACGUCGAUCGGCGCUCCGGGAAGAAAACGAAAUUGUUCCCAGAAGCUUCGUUCGCGCACCGCGGAAAACUCUGAUAGUACCGCAAGAAGUUUCAUCACAGAGAGCUACGAAUACUCAAUACGGAAUCCUCGAUCAUGUCCUCAGUCUCAUUGCAUCUGAUGCCGAUCCUUCGAAUCUCGCCUGAUUGCCAAGAACGUAGUACUCAUCACACACCUUUCCAUUGACACGCUCAAAUGACCAGCGCUCCUCCACUCGCGUUCCUCUCUAUGUCUUC